AAAGUAUCUAAAAGAUGGCUGGUGACUCGAGAAAGGAUUUCCUCAUUGCCACCACAGCAAACUAUUUUGCUGUGCCUGUUAAUGAUCCUGCGCUGAAGAAUUUACCAGACUCGCCUUCCCUGAACAGCUUUCUGGAUGAUGGAAACAGCAACGUUCUUGCUGGGAAAAUGGACCCGAAAAGUAGGGUGAAGAUGGUUGCCUUCUCAAACAAGGUGGACCCAGGAGAAAGCAAGGACAGAGUGAUUGUGUUCUUCAAGAUCCGACCUGACGUGAUCACGCCUGACAAUCUGCUCACCAACAUUGUGGUCUCCUCCAUGUUGGAUUCCCCUCUCAACACUCUUUACCAUGCCAUGCAGAAGAUUUAUUCGCCACUGCUUUGUGAGGAUGGAAAGUGGAGCAAGAACGUGGACCCCAAGUUGCAGACCCUUCUAAGUGAGUUGGAGGCGGGGCUUGGUAGUGCGCUGAGAAAGCAGGACCCCAGCUUCCGUGGGAAAGACUCUGGGGACGAAAACCUGGGAAAUAUCCUAAACCCUACGGAUGAAUUUGAAUUCUGGGCCGACAAUGCCAGGGUGGGUAAAGGCGAGGCUAAGGAAAGAGCUGCACACUUUGUUGAGCUGUUUAAACCCAUAUCAAAGGACUAUGGGGGCCUGGAUGCGAUGUCGCUCAUGGACGCCAUGGAGAUGGUGGAUAUAACGCAGGAUACGCUGGAUGACGUCUGGCGCCAGACCGACUUUGAUGCUUACCCUGAGAACAGGAUGAGACAUCUUCUGGACUGCAUUGCUGGGUCACUGGGUCGGUUUGUGCAGCGUAAACUUGCAGAGGAGAACUUGUGGACGGGACAGCUAGGCCCCAUCAAGGAUGCCCUGAGAGCAGGCGUGUCAAUCUGUGAGCGGUGGAUCACGGCAUGUGAAUCUCUGACCGGCCAGUUCUGGAAGAGAGACACGCUGCACCCCUGGAAGGGCGACAAGGUCUCCCCUGAGGGUCUCAAGAAACUGGCGGUCAGACUGGAGGAGAUCCUGGAUCUCCGUAUCGUCCACGACCAACAGUUGCGUCUGAUGACGUCACAGGAACAGAAGGAGUUGCGUGUGGACGAGGCGUUCAACCCGUUCAUGGGCCUCAAUCCCCUGCAGUACAACCCCUAUACGCAGCCCCUAUGGCAGGCAGCAGUGUCCCAGUAUGAGAGAGUUAUGGCCCCUGCUGAGCAGAAGACAGUGAGCAAGCUGCGGUCCCAGUUCCGGCAGAUGGAUGGAAAUCCACUCCAGCUUUUAAGAGAGUUCCAGAGAUACAAGUCCCUGAUCAAACGACCUGGAAUCAGCAAGGAAAUGGUGGCAGAAAGGGAGCAGUUGCUUGGCCAGCUGACGGUGAGUCAUAAGGGACUUCAACAGCAGUUCAACGAUGCUGGCAACGGCAAGCUGCCCAAGGGCAAGAACCUGCCUGAGUUUGUCAACCUCAUAGUCUUUGUGAGGCAGCUGGAAGCUAAGGUUGAGGAGAAUCUGAAAACGUCAGAGAGCCUGCUGAGUGACCUGAGUGGUUUCCAGAAGUUCCGUAAGGAGGCCACGGAACUGCGAGAUGAGAUGGUGAACUGGCGCCAGGAGACGUUUGAUGAGUGGUGCCGCGAGGUCCAGGCACUUAUUGAUGACCACAAGAAACCUCUGAGCCUGGAGACAAAUGGUCGCCUCAUGGAUCUGGAUCUCAAGACAGGAGAGCUGGUUGUGAACUACGGGGACAGGCUGGUCACGCUGAUGCGGGAGGUGCGACAGCUGACGGGGCUUGGAUUUGCUGUGCCAGCUAAGAUCCAGCACGUGGCUGCCACGGCCCAGAAGUUCUACCGGCAUGGUUGCAUCCUGAAACAGGUGGCCCAUUUCUACAACACGAUAGACCAGCAGAUGAUUGACAGCCAGAAGACCAUGAUGUUGGAGUCCGCCAAAGCUUUCGAGAGACUCGCUAAGAACCCCAAAACUGGGGCUAAGUCAAAGGGUGAGGAGGUUCAAGUGACCUGGGACAACCCUGAGGAGCUCGAGAUCUACAUCAAGAAACUGCAGGCGGCCGCCGAGAGGCUCACCUCCGAGAACAGGAAACUGAGGAAGUGUCACUACACCGUCUCAGAUAAGGUUCAGACAUUGAUGAGCGUGGACCUACUGAGACAAGACAAGAGAUGGAAGGAGGGCCUGGUGGACAUACGCCACCUCAUGGCUGACCUCGUGCAGAAGGGUUUCAUCCCGGAGCACAUGGCCCCCUGGAAGGCCCACUGGGACAGACAGCUGUACAAGGCUCUUGAGUUCCAGUACAAGAUGGGGCUGGAAGCGCUCAAUGAAAACCUGCCGGAGAUACGGGUCGACAUCACAUACAGGCAAAGACAUCUGCAGUUCAAUCCACCAUUUGAAGAGGUGAAGGCCAAGUACUUCCGGGAAAUGAAGAAGUUCAUCAGCAUCCCCAACAUCUUCAAGGGAGUGUCAGAGAACACGGAGAACCUUAUAUUUCCCGCCAUUAUCGACCGCAAUGCAGACGGCUUCUUCAACUGUUACCAGAAGGGCGACGCCCUGUUCAAACGGUUGGCAGAGGAACUGGAGAAAUUUAAGGAGUGGGUAGUUCUGGGCUCGCUGGACCUGGAUGAGUUUGUGGAGCAACAUCUCAAGGAGCAGGGGGACUGGGAGAAAAACUUCAAGGCUCUCAAGAUACGGGGCCGGGACGCAGAGAAACUACCCAAUGAGGUCAAGAUAGACUGUAUCACCGUCAACACGAUGCCAGUAAAAGCCGUCAUUGACGACCACAUCCAGCGACUGUUCGACGCGCUUCUCAACUCGCUCAGAAAGGCAAUCACCAAGGAUGUUGCAGAGAUUGAGAACUUCCUCAAUGUUUCCAUGGAAACGCUGUCCAAGCGGCCGACGAGCACGGAGGAGAUUGGCGAGGCUAACACGAAGCAUGGGGAGUUUGCCAAGCAGAGGAAACAGAUCAAGCCUCUGUUUGACACGGCUGAGUCUAAGAACAAGCUUCUGCGUUCAGUAGCAGGUGGAGGGGUGGACUCUAUCAACCAGCUGCUGGCUCGCUGGGACAAGUUUGAACUCAUGAUGGAGAGCUUCCAGCUCAUGGUUAAGGAACAGGUGGAGGUGAUGAAGAAGAGCGUGGAUGGACGCGUGAAGAAUUUCCAGGCCGAGCUGGACAAGUUUGGUGCCCGGUGGCAGCAGCUGAAGCCGGGAGACGAGGCCCUGGAGGGAGACAAGGAGAAACUGAAGGCCGCCAUUCAGGUGAUCAAGGACAAGCGACAGGAGUUUCAUGAGAUGGAGGAGAAUAGGAAGAGACUUGUGAAUGACCUUGAGCACUUUGGGAUGGUGGUUCCCUCGUUUGAGCUCGCCGACCAGAUCAACCGCAGCCUGUCCGAGUACGAGGCCAUGUGGUUCCUGCUGGAGGAGUUCAAUACAGGCCUGCAGGAACUGGCCAAGGAAGACUGGAUCUCAUUCAGGAGUAAGACGUACCUGUUUGAGGAGUUUCUUGGCGGCUGGUACGAGAAGUUGAAGGAAAGGGAGGCUACCACCAUGACUGUCCGUCUGCACAAGGACAUAGAGACAUAUAAGAAUGUGCUGCCAGUGCUGAAGUGGGUGCGUGGAGAGCCUCUGUCCCAGGACCACUGGCUGGAGCUGUUCCGGAUGCUCAAGAUGCCACGCGGUACCACCCUCGAGAAACUCAACUUCGGUCACAUCCUACAGGCCAGCGAGCACAUCAUUGCAAACGCUAAUGAACUCAAGGAGUUGAAUCAAAGGGCUCAAGGGGAGGUAACGAUACGUGAGGCGAUACGAGAGUUGGACCUGUGGGGUGCGGGUGCACAAUUUUCGCUCACAGAGUACGAGGACAGUAACAAGAACACCAUCCACCUGAUCAAAGACUGGAAGGAGCUGGUUAAUCAGGUGGGAGACAACCAGAGCCUCCUUCAGUCUUUGAAGGACUCGCCAUACUACAAGAGCUUUGAGGACAAGGCCUCUGUGUGGGAGCAGAGACUGGCGGACCUGGAUGAGUACCUGCACAACCUCAACCAGAUCCAGCGCAAGUGGGUCUACCUAGAGCCAAUCUUCGGGCGCGGGGCUCUACCCAAGGAGCAGGGCAGGUUCAAGCGGGUGGACGAUGAUUACAGAGCAAUCAUGAAGGACGUACGUCGUGACAAUAGAGUGCUCUCCCUUGUCAAUAAGACUGGAUUGCGCAAUCAGCUUACCACCAUGUUGGAUCAGCUGCAGAGGUGCCAGAAAUCACUCAAUGAGUUCCUGGAGGAAAAGCGGUCCCUGUUCCCGCGGUUCUACUUCAUCGGUGAUGAUGACCUACUGGAGAUCCUGGGACAGUCGACGAACCCGAACGUGAUCCAGACACACCUGAAGAAGCUGUUUGCGGGGAUCCACAGCGUCCAGUUUGAUGAGAACUGUCAGCACAUCAUGGCCAUGCGGUCUCUCCAGGGGGAGGUUGUACCCCUGAAGAAGAAGGUCAAGAUAGUGCCAGAGGUCGAGAGCUGGCUGGGCCGGCUGUCAGAUGAGAUGAAGGACACACUGAAGGAGCAACUGCUGGAAUGUCUGAAGGACGCCAAUCAGAGCAAAGGGGGCCUGGACCCUAACAAGUUCCCUUCACAGAUCCUAUGCCUGGCUGAGCAGAUCCGGUUCAGUCAGAACUGUGAGACGGCAAUCAAGUCUGGUAACCUGAUGAACUUCUCGCGCGAGGUCGAGUCCCAGCUGGACUCCUACACCAGCGUGAACCUUGGGGACUCAGAGACCGAGGAGGCUCAGGUCCUCGACCUCAAACUGAAGGCCCUCAUCCUGGAUACGAUCCACAACAUGGAUGUGAUCCACUUCCUGCUUAAGGCUAACAUUCGUAGUCCUGUGGAAUGGAUGUGGCAGAAACAGCUCCGGUACUAUCUGCGCAAGGACAAUGUGUGCACGAUGAGGAUGGUGGAUGCAGAGUUUGAGUAUACAUACGAGUACCAGGGGAACGCACCCAAGCUGGUCCACACGCCUCUCACCGACAAAUGUUAUCUCACUAUGACCCAGGGUAUGCACAUGGGCCUUGGAGGCAACCCGUACGGUCCAGCAGGCACGGGUAAGACAGAGUCUGUGAAGGCUCUGGGAGGGUUGUUUGGACGCCAGGUGCUCGUCUUUAACUGUGAUGAGGGUAUAGACGUCAAGUCCAUGGGUCGUAUCUUCAUUGGUCUGGUGAAAUGUGGGGCGUGGGGAUGUUUUGACGAGUUCAAUCGUCUAGAGGAGGCGGUACUCUCGGCCGUCUCCAUGCAGAUCCAGGUCAUACAGGACGCAAUCAAGAACAGGCUGCCUCACGCUGAGCUGCUGGGCAGAAACGUCAACAUUGACCACAACUCUGGCAUCUUCAUCACCAUGAAUCCGGCCGGCAAGGGUUACGGGGGUCGUCAGAAGCUGCCAGACAACUUGAAGGCGCUGUUCCGUCCUGUGGCCAUGUCCAAGCCAGACAACGAGCAGAUUGCAGAGGUGAUUCUGUUCUCGGAAGGCUUCAAGCAGGCCAAGAGCCUUGGCCGCAAGCUGGUUGCCAUCUUCAACCUCUCCAGGGAGCUGUUGUCCCCCCAGCAGCACUACGACUGGGGCCUGAGGGCCCUUAAGACGGUCCUGAGGGGCUGCGGUAACCUGCUGCAGAUGAAGAAGAAGUCCCAGUCCGGGGGUAAGAUAGAGGCCGGGGAGGAGGCGAAGCUGGUGGUCCAGGCAACACGCAUCAACACCAUCUCCAAACUGACCUUCUCUGACAGCAUCAGGUUCGAUGCCCUGGUAAAGGACGUGUUCCCAGGUAUAGAGUUCAAGGACAUUGAGUAUGAGACCCUGGCUGAGGCCAUGCGCGCCGUCUGCAAGGAGACCAACCUCGUCAUCAAUGAGAUGCAGAUCAAGAAGGCUCUAGAGUUGUAUGAGCAGCUGCGUCAGCGUACCGGUGUGGUGGUCGUGGGUCCGAGUGGCUCCGGCAAGUCAACCCUGUGGAGAAUCCUGCGCAUGGGCCUCCACAAGCUCAACAAGGUGGUGAAACACUACACUAUGAACCCGAAGGCCAUGCCUCGCACCCAGCUGCUGGGCUCUAUAGACAUGGACACCCGUGAGUGGACGGAUGGGGUGCUCACAUACAGCGCCCGCCAGGUCGUCAAGGAGCCCCAGGAGGUCCAGUCGUGGAUCAUUUGUGACGGAGACAUUGACCCAGAAUGGAUCGAGUCACUAAACUCCGUAUUGGACGACAACCGUCUGCUGACGAUGCCAUCAGGGGAGAGAAUUCAGUUUGGCCCUAAUGUCAACUUCCUGUUUGAGACCCAUGACCUCAGCUGUGCCUCGCCUGCUACCAUCUCUCGCAUGGGCAUGAUCUUCCUCAGUGAUGAGGACACGGACGUGAAGGCUCUCAUCCACUCGUGGAUUCUCACCCAGCCUCAAGCUGAACAGCAGGUGCUUGGAGGCUACAUCGAGGACUACUUCUACAAGGCCCUCGACUGGGUCCUCAAACAGAACGAUUUUGUAGUUGAGACUAGCCUAGUGGGUGUGGUCCUGAACGGCCUGUCUCACCUGAGUCACGUGCGCAACAAGUCUCACUUUGCCAUGUGCCUAAUACGGGGCCUAGGCGGGAACCUCAAUGAGGGAGCAAGGGAGAACUUCGCAAAGGAGGUGUUCCACAUGACCACGGAGAUGCCGCCAGAUUCCCGCCGACCUCUUGACACGUACUAUGAUGCUGACAUGGGCCGCCUUGCUACAUACAGCCUUGAUAACUCAGUGGACCUCACCCCAGAACAUUUCAACAAUAGCACCACUCUGCCAGUGAUCCGGACCACGGACAUUCAGCGGGCCAUGGACUUCUUCUCCCCCUGGCUGGCCCCUGACAACAAGCAGCCCUUCAUUCUUGUGGGGCCUGAGGGGUGCGGAAAGGGGAUGAUGCUGAAGCACUGUUUUGAGCAGCUGCGGUCCACCCAGGUGGCGGUGGUCCACUGUAGCGCGCAGACCAACCCCACACAUGUGCUGCAGAAGCUGAGCCAGACCUGCAUGGUGCUCAACACGAACACUGGAAGGGUCUACAGGCCCAAGGACUGCGAACGCCUGGUGCUCUACUUGAAGGACAUAAAUCUGCCAAAACCGGAUAAGUGGGGAACUUGUCAGCUCAUUGCUUUUUUGCAGCAGGUGGUGACCUACAAUGGUUUCUAUGACAACAACCUGGAGUGGGUGGGCCUGGAGGGUGUACAGAUUGUGGCCAGCAUGAACGCAGGCUCGUCACUCGGCCGACAUAAACUGACCCCACGCUUCACCUCCGUAGUGAGGAUCUGUUCAAUUGGGUACCCGGACAGAGACCAGUUGCAGUCCAUCUACAGCUCCUACCUGAAGCCCAUCCUACAGCGCCAGCUAUCACGCCACGCUGUCUGGGGCAAUGCUUCCAAGAUCCACGCCCUUGCUGGCUCCAUGGUCCAGCUGUAUGACGAUCUAAGGGCAAAGUUCACAGUUGAUGACUACAGCCACUACCUGUUCACCCCUCGUGACCUCACAAACUGGGUCCUCAGUUUCCUUAGAUACGACCUUGCAGGUGGGGCCAAAGACAAUUCUGCUGACACGGUAUUUGAGAUAUUUGCCUACGAAGCUCGUCGUUUGUUCCGUGACCGAAUUGUGGGACAGGACGGCAAGAACAAGUUUGAUAACAUGCUGCAGAGCGUGAUCCAAAGUGACUGGUCAGCAAAUAUCUUCGACAACUUAGAUAAGGAGUUCUUUGUGACCUGGGGUGCCCGCCACGACUCCACAGCACCCUCGUCGGCUGCAGGUGCCCCCCUGCCCCCCAGCGGUAAACCCCUCGGGAAACUGAGCGACGAAGACCUGAAGACCAUCAUUGAGAAAGGGAUACGUCUUUAUGAGCGUGACAAUCGUGACCUUGACAUCCUGAUAUUCCAUGAGGUGCUGGAUAACAUCUCCCGUGUUGACAGGGUGCUCACGAAGCCUGGGGGCUCCCUACUUAUGGCCGGGCGCAGUGGGGUCGGGCGCAGGACUGCAAUCUGCCUGGUCGCCCAUAUGCACCAGAUGAACCUGUUCACACCCAAGAUUUCACGCGGAUAUACCAUCAAGAACUUCAAGAAUGAUCUGAAAACAGUGAUGCAGCAGGCCGGUAUAGAUGGCUCACAGGUGGUGUUACUGCUGGAAGACUACCAGUUUGUGGACCCCACGUUCCUGGAGCUCAUCAACUCCCUCCUGUCUGCGGGCGAGGUGCCCGGCCUCUACUCACCAGAGGAGCUCGAGCCCCUACUCACCCCAUUGAGGGACAUGGCCUCAGAGGCAGGGUUCAGGGGAACACUCAUCAACUUCUUUGCUCAGAGGAUCAAGAUUAACCUUCACAUCUGCCUGAUCAUGGACUGUACGAACAGCAAGUUCAUAUUGAACUGUGAGAGCAACCCGGCCCUGUACAAGGAGUGUGCUGUACAGUGGAUGGAGGAGUGGAGUAGGGACAGCAUGGUCAAGAUUCCCUACAUGCUUCUUACUCGGCCUCCCAAGAUAGAAGGGGCCAGCAUAGGGGAGAAGAAGAGCCACAAGAGGAAGUUGUCCGGCGGAGAGGAGCUACUGAAGGGGUUCCUGCAGGUGCACGAGUCUGUGGCUGCAGCCAACAUGGGCGCCACCCCACGGCGCUACAUCGCCUUCCUGAACACGUACCAGCAGGUGUACAGCAACAAGAAACGGCGCAUUGAGAAGAGGCAGCAUCAUUUACAGGCCGGCGUGGCCAAAUUGAACGAGGCUAAGACGUUAGUGGAUGAACUGAAACGUAAGGCUGGAGAGCAGAGUACACUGCUGGCAGAGAAACAGAGUGAGGCCGACCAGGCACUCUCAAAGAUCACCGAGAGUAUGCAGAAUGCCCAUGAGCAGAAGAACGAGAUGGAGGUUCUGAAGCAGCAGGCGGCAGAAGAGAACAAAGUCCUCGACAAGAGGAAACGCGCCAUAGACAAGGAACUCGCUGAAGUGGAACCACUUGUGCAAUCAGCUCGUGCAGCAGUCGGGAACAUCAAGACUGAGUCAUUGUCUGAGAUUCGGUCCCUUCGCGCCCCGCCGCCCGUAAUUCGAGACAUUCUGGAGGGAGUGUUGAGACUCAUGGGCAUCUUUGAUACGUCCUGGGUCAGCAUGAAGAGUUUCCUGGCAAAGCGUGGUGUCAAGGAGGAGAUUCAAACGUUUGAUGCCCGAAACAUCUCGUCAGAUAUCCGAGAGAGUGUCGAGGAACUUCUAAAAAAGAAUAAGGAUUCUUUUGAUAUCAAGAAUGCCCGUAGAGCAUCUGUGGCUGCUGAGCCGCUGUGUGCCUGGGUCACGGCCAAUGUUCAGUACUCAUACGUCCUGGAGAAGAUUGAACCGCUGGAAAAGGAGCAGAACGAACUGAAGAGGAAUCUGCAAAAGGCGGAGGCUCGAAUGGAGAAACUGAGUCGAGCCCUUGACGAGGUGGACCAGAAGGUGGCGUCAUACCGACACCGCUUUGAGACUCUGACCAAGGAGGCAGCCGAACUGAAGAUUAAGCUAGACAAAGAGAAUGAGACCAUUCAAGCAGCUGAAAUGCUUGUGACAAAACUGGACGGGGAAUACCAGAGAUGGAGUAGUCAGGUGGGAGAACUCGACCAGGAGCUAAAAGAGCUGCCAAAGCGUGUUCUGAUUGCCGCUGGGUUUGUAGCGUACCUGUCCCAGGCCCCUGAAGAUGAGCGCCUCUCGUGCCUCAAGGGCUGGUGCGAGGCCCUCAACAUCCACUCGUUUGAGAUGAGGCGUUUCCUGUGCACGGAGAGCGAGCAGCUGAUCUGGAAGUCGGAGGGUCUGCCUUCGGAUGAUCUCUCGGUUGAGAACGCUAUUGUCAUCCUUCAGAUAACUGAUUUGGCCGCAGGGAGCACCUUGCGGCCAUUCCUUGUUGACCCAUCAUCAAGGGCAACAGACUGGUUGAAGGCUCAUUUGAAGGACACCAGACUGGAAGUGAUUAACCAGCAGGAUGCCAACUUCAGUACAGCCCUAGAGCUGGCAGUCAGGUUUGGCAAGACGUUGAUCAUACAGGAAGUAGAUGGGGUAGAACCAGUUCUGUACCCACUGCUUAGAGGGGACCUUGUCUCGCAAGGCCCGAGAUUCGUUGUUCAGAUUGGUGAGAAGACUAUCGACUACAAUGAGGAGUUCCGUCUGUUCCUGACAACACGUAACCCCGCCCCUGACAUCCCCCCAGACGCAGCCUCCAUCAUCACAGAGGUGAACUUUACCACCACCAAGGCUGGACUCACUGGACAGUUGCUAGCGGCGACCAUCCAGCAUGAGAAGCCUGAACUAGAGGAGAAGAAGACGGGUCUGCUGAAACAGGAGGAGGACCUAAAGAUAGAGCUGGCCAAGCUGGAGGAGUCCUUGCUGGAGGAGCUGGCCAAUGCCAAGGGAAAUAUUCUGGAGAACAAGGAGCUACUUCACUCCCUCAAUAAGACCAAGGCCAGCAGCAUCACCAUCGCAGACUCACUGGCAGAGUCUGUACGGCUACAAGCUUCACUUGACCAGGAGCGAAACAUAUAUCUUCCCCUGGCGGAGAACGGAAGUGCCCUGUACUUUGUGAUCAGCGAUCUGUCCAAGAUCAACAAUAUGUACCGCUUCAGUCUGGCCUCGUUCCUGCGUCUUUUCCAACGCGCCCUCCAAACACGCCAAGAUGGUGGCGGUACGGAACAUCGUAUCAAGCUUCUGGUUGGACACCUGCAGCAUCUUGUGUACGAGUACGUGUGUCGCUCGCUGUUCAAGGCAGAUAGGCUCAUGUUUGCUAUGCACAUGGUGCACGGGAUGAAGCCGGACAUGUUUGAAGAAAAUGAAUGGGCAGUGUUCACAGGAAUGAUCGUGGCUGACGUGAAGUCAGACCCCAGUAAGGGGCUGCCCAGCUGGAUAGAGCCAGAGAGGGCCCAAGCAGUCUCCAAUCUCAAGUCCAACCUUGGCCGUCUGUACCAAACCCUGAGCCUGGAAGACGGCAGCAUGUGGUCCAACUUCACGCGCUCGUCUCAGUGCGAACAGGAAGUGCCCUCUGCCAUCGAGAAGAAGAUCUCGCUGUUCCAGCAGGUGCUGCUGGUGCAGGCAACGAGACCUGACCGUCUGCAGAGCGCCAUGGGGCAGUUUGCUUGUCGUGCACUUAACAUGCAUGAGUUGUCUCCCCCCACUGUGAACCUCCGCAAGCUGUACGACCAUGAGACCCUCCCUGAGGAGCCGAUACUCAUAGUGAUCUCCCCUGGUGCUGACCCCUCCCAGGAGCUUCAGGAGCUGGCCAACGCCACCAUCGGACACGACAGAUACCACCAGGUUGCUAUGGGUCAAGGUCAAUCAGACAUCGCUAUGCAGCUGCUGAGAGAGUGCUCCCGCAGUGGAGACUGGCUGUGUCUCAAGAACCUUCACCUGGUCACGGUCUGGCUGCCAGUCCUGGAAAAGGAGAUCAACACAUUGAAGCCCCAUAAGGACUUCCGACUGUGGAUGACAGCAGAGGUGCAUCCCAAUUUCCCCACCAUCCUUCUACAGUCCAGCCUCAAGAUCACAUAUGAGGCACCACCUGGUGUGAAGCGGAACCUGACUCGAACCUACGAGUCGUGGAGUCCCGAGUAUGUAGCCAAGGGAGGUAACAUCGUUCGGUCCCAGGCUCUGUUUGUGCUGGCCUGGUUCCAUGCAGUGGUACAAGAACGCAGGAUGUACAUACCACAGGGUUGGACCAAAUUCUAUGAGUUUUCGCUUUCGGAUUUGAGGGCAGGAGCCGACAUCAUUGACAGACUCUGCUCUGGUCAGGAAGUGCGUUGGAAUUUCAUCCACGGCCUGUUUGAGCUGGCAAUCUACGGAGGGAGGAUGGACAACCCGUUUGACACCAGUGUGAUGAUAUCCUACCUGGAGCAGUUCUUUGACCCAUCAAAUCUUGCCCCUGGGGCCAAGAACAAACGUAUGGGACCUCUGCGUUUGCCAACCUCGACCAACUUUCGGGACUACACUGAUGUGAUUCACGACCUGCCAGAGUUUGACAAGCCGUCCUACUUUGGACUGCCAGAGAACAUCGAGCGGUCGGCCCAGCGUAUCAUCAGCAGUCAGGUGAUCUCCCAGCUGAAGGUCCUGCAGCGGGCCAAUGUAAAGGCCAGCAAGUUUGACAAGGAGGUGUGGGCAAAUGAGCUGGGACCCAUCCUCAAUAUGUGGAAGAAACUCAACUCUGGCGUGAACCUGAUCCAGGUGAAGGUGGCGCCCCCUGUGGAGAAAUCUGGCAGCGAGUCCCCGAUCAUCUCGUUCAUUCUACUGGAACGGUUCAACGCGAUCAAGCUGGUACAGACGGUGCACCAGACCCUGGCCUCUCUCAGCAAGGUCAUACGGGGGACCCAGCUGCUCAGUAAGGAUGUGCAGGAACUCGCUGCAGCGCUGCUCAAUCAAGAGACACCGCUGUCCUGGCAGGCCAAGUGGGACGGCCCUGAAGACCCAAUCCAGUACCUGAGUGGGCUGGUGUCGCGGGCGGUGGCCGUACAGAGCUGGGUAGACAAGGCCCAGAACGGUUCCUUGCUCCGGGACACACUGGACCUCUCAGAGCUCUUCAGGCCAGACACCUUCCUGAACGCACUCAGGCAACAGACUGCUAGGGACUUGGGUUGCUCAAUGGACAGCCUCAAGUUCUGCUGCAGCUGGAAGGGGUCACUGCAAGGGGCCAAGUUCAAUGUGAAGAUAGGGGGCCUGCAGCUUGAGGGCUGCAGCUUUGAUGGCUCCCGUUUGUCAGAAAACCAGAGGGACUCCCCCAGUAUCUCCGCCAUACCCCCCUGUGUGGUGGCCUGGGUCAAGGACGAUGCACCAGACCCAUAUGGUGUAGACGAGACAAUAUCCAUCCCCAUUUACUACAGCGCCGACCGGGAUCGCAUUAUCACCAAGCUGAACGUGCCUUGUGGUGGGAACAAGUCCGUCUGGAUCCAGUGUGGAGCUGCACUCUUCCUGAAAGCUCAUUAAGGAAGAUCAAUGGGAUCUUUUAAAUUUUGACUGGGAUCAUUUAAAAAUUGACUGGGAUCAUUUAAAAUGUGACUUGGAUUGUUUGAAAUGUGACUGGGAUCAUUUCAAAUUUGACUGGGAUCUUUUCAACGGGGAGCAUUUUACAUGUUCUAAAUCAAAAUCUGCCCUUUUUCUGAUUAAUGAAGCCACACCACUUUUGUUUAUUAAGUUUAAGUUUGAAAUUUGACUUGAAUUGCUUGAGUUUAAAAUAGAAUGAAUUGAAAUUUGAUUGGGAUCAUUUCAAAUUUGAAUAUGAUCAUUUGAUAUGUUUCUGGGAUGUUUUUGCAAAUUAACUGGGAAUUUUAUUUUUAUUUUGUCUGUGAAGUCUAUCCAGAUUAUUUGAAAAUUGACUGGUAUUAAGUUAAAAUUUAGUGUGAUUGUAUGAAAUUCUUGUUUAGGUAAAAAUCUUUUUGCUUGAAUUAUAUUAAACGCUACUCGAAUUGUGUGAACAUUAAAUUAUCUGAAAGUGUUUUUGAUAUAGAUUGCUGUGAUGUGUUAAGUUUUGGCAACAAGUCAACAAUGAUUUGCAUUGUGAUGUUUGAACCAUGUAGCUCUUGUCUUAUUGAAAUGUUUCUCUUGUUGUGUGUGUGUUAGUUUAUUUAUUUAUUUGAGGAGUCAAUGCUAGUGAGUUAACAUUAUUGUGUGCAUGCACAUUUGUUAUUGUUUUUAUUUGUUAAUGAACUACUAUUAUUUACAUAAUUAAAUUAAUUUUAAGAUAAUGCAAAUAACCACUUAAACCACAACUUUUCUCAUUUCCUGCACUUUAGGUAAUGGUCAAAAUCUGUGAUUCAUAUGGCACUUUGAAAUUUGAUGCAGAUCCAUCAGAGCAAUUAUAAACAUAGCUCCUUAGGGAAAAAUGAAAGAAAUGUAUUUAAUUCAACAAUUUCUAAUGUAUCUGUCUAUUUUGUUUUCAGUCUUUUGACAUUAGCAUGUUUAAAAUAAGUAAAUAUUGCCAAAAUCUUAAUAUAUGCAUUGGCAACCGUUUGAAUUAAAAAUAAAAAAAUUGAAAUGAUUUUUAAGAAAUUCUUAAAUCUAGUCUUCUCUCAGGAUCUUUGUGAAAACUAAACCUGAAUGUUGUUAUCAAGGUCAUUUAUAAUUGAUCUGGUCUCUGGGUAAACCUGGGCUUAUGCAUCUAUGUGCGUAAAGUAUCAUCCCAUACUUGUCUGGUUGGACUGCAGACUUUUAUUUCUGAAUUUAUGGACUUUUUUGUUUAAAGGAAGUCUCUUUUUUACAAACAAUCCAGUCUUGUUGGAAAGUAUUGUGUUUUGAUGAUAAUUUAUGCUCAAUCAUUAAGCUCAGUUCUCCCAGAGACUGGCUGAAUUUAUGACAUUCUUAAAUUCUGUCAACAGGCCAUUCUGUAAGGUUGUCUGAGAGAAUUCCUUGCUAUAUAUUUGCAUUACACAAAUUUUGGCAUCCUUUGAAUCCGUCUAAUAAUUACUAAACAUUCCUUUUUAAAAUUACAUAUUAUCAACAAUUUGAUAUUCAAAUACAGUUCACACACUUGUAAUUGGUAUGUUAAUGUCUGUAUACAUUUUAAAUACAAAAUAUUUCUUUACAUUUUGUUUACAUUCAAAAAUGAUGCAUGUUAAGUAUUUUACCAACACAUUCUAUUAAACAAACAUGAAACUUAAA